AUGCAAACGCCGCUUAAAUAUCUGUCGAAAUCUGAUUAUCUCCCGCAAAAGGGUGAUGGAAUAGUACAAAUGUCACGGGUCAAGGGACAAAUCGCAAGUUUUGAAAUGUCAAAAAACGCUGCAAUUAGCAGCGCUGACCAAAUUAAAGAACCGAUACUGCCGUUAACACAGUCAGCUUAUCGGGUUACUAAGGAAUGGGCGAUGAAAGGACUGGUUUGCUGUACAUCUUCUGCUAUUGCGUUAUUCGGUGACACCGUUAGUUUUAGUGGCUUGAUCGAUGUUUCAAUUGCGGACAUGAUUUUGGAGACUGUGUGUAACAGUUUCUGGGAGAAUCAUCUUCCUGGUUUUGUCUACCAUGAUAAGUAUAAGAUGUUUUAUAACAGCGAAUCUGGCUAUUAUUAUGAUCAGAACACAUCAUUAUUUUACCAUCCAUCGACAAGAUGCUAUUAUUUUUAUGACGAGAAUAGUAGGAACUUUAUAUUUCAUUCUAGAGUUCCUGCGGAACAUUUGUGGAGCUCGAGAAAAGCAAAAAAUUAUGCUGUCUCACUUCAUGGCGAAUCCUAUGUGACUGGUAUGGACCAGGAAGAAGUCGAUAUAUUUGAGUGUUUGUACGACUUGAUCUCCCAGGUUUGUGCAAACGUAUCUGAUGACAGUUGUUUUGAAGAUGAAGUUGGCGAAAAAGAUUCGGAGGAUGAAAUAAAACAGUUUAUUGAAGAUGAGCGCAUUGAAUACCCUCCAUGCAUACGAUUAGUGGGCGAAAAUGGUGAUCUUCAUAUCGUCACAAUCGAUGGAGCAUUUCUUGGCUUUGGAGAUCAAUUUGAUAUUUGUUUAAAGCUACCUUCUGGACUCAGUUCUGAACUUUCUCAAAAAGCUGUUGCAGAAAUAAGGUACAGAAAUGAUGAUAAGGAAUUUGAAUUAAGGCCUUUGUUGAAUACUGUACCUUUAUAUCUUCAAGGUUCUGUAAUAUGUGAAGAUACAGUAGGAGUAUUGAAACAUAGCGAUGAAUGCGCCAUCGGACUUGACAUUUUUCGUGUCCACAUACAUCACGGUUCCAAUACCUGCAAUGGAUGUGAGCCAGGUUUAUUUUCUAUUCCUGUCAGUACAUGUAAUUUUACACAAGAAAGUACAGGUCUUACAUCUGAACAGCAGCGACGAAGAACGCUGAAAGCCUUGAAAGCUGAAUAUGGACUUUUAGGGGAGGAAUUUGAAAGGCAAAAGGAAAUGAAACGCUGGAACUUGCAUCACCCACAAGGCUUUUAUAAUAAAGCUAUCAAAAGACCUGUUCCUCGCUCACCGCAGUUGGUUGAUCCCGUCUACUCAGCUUGUGUCGCAAAACCAGUUUCAGGUACAAGUACAGAGAGUGUUAUUCUGCGUUCAAAUUCAGUAGUUUCACGCCUUGAUGAAAGUAAUAAAGGUUAUAAGCUUCUUAAAAAUCUUGGAUGGAAGGAGGGUUCAGGGCUCGGGAAAGAUAACAGUGGUAUUCAGCAACCGCUGUUUGAGAAAGUGAAAAAUGAUAGAUCGGGUUUGGGGCUUGACACUUCAUUGGCUGAAGAAACAUGUAAACCGAAGAAGCUUCGUAUACUGGAAAUCACCCGUCAGCGUUUCGAUUGUGCCUGUGAAGAAGAAAAGUGA